GACCUCCAUGCCCCUGUCAUCAUUAGCCGAGUGACUGGCUGGACUAGUGUGACGUGACUGACGUGACCGACGUGAGAGGGUGCAAACGACGAUAGAUCGAGCGGGUGACGUGACCAGCCGGCCAGUGCACAAAACGACAAAUAAUACACUGACAAUCAGCCAGCCAGUCAGCGAGUUAGCGAGUGCCUGCCUGCCUGUCUGCACCGUCCCUUCGUUUGCAAACAACGUGGCGGGCGUGUCGGGUGUAGAAAAAGAUCAACGAAUGAAUCAUCGAUUGGUCGGUCGGUCCAGCCAUUCGUUCAGAGAGGAUUACGCACAUACAAACAUAGUCUGAGGGCAACACGACACGACCUUCCUUCGUCUCGCUCACUCCACUCACACACACAAAGUGCUAAACUGACACUAGCCAAAGUGGCAGGCCUUUCUGUCCGUCUGUCUGUCUGUGUGCCUCGGUCGGUCGGUGUGUGUGUCUUCUCUCGUGUGGCUAUCUAUCUAUCUAUGGCUCCCUUUACAGACACAAACACACAGCUGUCAGUCAGGUUAGUAGGUGUUUGUUUCUGUUUGUGUUUGCGCGUGUGGAGGAGCGAGCGGCAGUCGUCGAUCCAUCCAUCCACCCAUCCAUCCAUCCACCACACAUCUUCAAAGCGUGCAGCAGUCCACACACACGCGACAGCCACUCACGCACCGCACACACGCACCCACACCACGCACCGAAUGGGCACACACUCACCACCCACUGUUCCAUCGAUACCCCCUCUCUCCCCCUUGCCGGUUUCCCUACCCCUUCGUCCUUAAGUGAGUGUAGCGGCCCGCGCUCUUCGCUGUACAGGACCGACCGACCGGCAGACAGACAGACAAGACAAGCAAUCGAGAAGAGGCCGGCCAGCCAGUCAGCGACCCAGCCAGCCAGCCACCCGCACACAGCCACUCCCGGCCCCCCAACGAGUGCAUGAUUCGGUCGCUCAGCCUAUGGAUGGGUGGGUGGGUGGGUGGGUGGACGGGUCAUGCCAUGAGGUGAACGAAAUGCAGUCAGUCAGUCAGUCAGUCGCUUAGCUGGUGCACACGACCACUCACUGCAGGCGGGCAGAACGGAACAAAAGCAACCAGCGAGCAAGAUGAAGAUGAAGAGAUAGAAGAAGAUGUGUAUAUAUACGUGAAGCUGUGUUGUGUUGUGUGUCUGAGUGGGUUUAUCAGCUCUUGAGCAGCUUGAUCAUCAUGGUCUUGAACUCAUCCAAAUCAACCUGAUAGAUACGCAAACCGACACACCCACCCACACACACACACAAUGGGCACAUGUGGCCGGCCCUUUCCGGCUGCGUCCGUCUCGAUCUGCAUUCCCACCCACCCAUUCACCACUCACCUCUCCGUCGCCAUUUUUGUCUGCCUCUGCGGCGAUCUCCUCCCAAACCUUAGGAUCCAUCUUCUCACCUACCCCGAAUAUCUGUAGAAACCGCACACAAACACACACACACGUACAGAGGCAGAUUGAUUGUUCAGAGGCGUGUGGUGUGCCUGACCUUUGAGAGUUCUGAUGCGUCGAUUUUGCCGGAUCCGUCCGUGUCGAACAUGUUAAAGGCGGCCUCCAGCUUCUUCUCUGAACACAAUGUGCGCCGAUCCAUCGUCGCCACCAAAAACUCUGAAUCCGUCCGUCCAUGAGAAGAAAAGGAGUGACAGGUUCAUGCCGUGCAAUCCAGUGAGAGCGCCGCUUGUCCCUCCCUCUGUCGCUGCGUCUGUGUGAUUUGGUCUGUGUGGUGUGUGCCUGUUCGUUCCACCCACCAGUGUAGUCGAUAGAGCCUGAUCCGUCCGUGUCGGCCUGCUUGAGGAUCAUAUCCACCUCCUCAGCGGCCGCAUCAGCAUCACCCAAAAUCUGCACACACACGCACGCAACACACAGCCCAGAGAGACGUGCGUGGCCGUGCCUGCCUCCUGCACACACAAGGCCUACCUUGCUGUAUCCGUCCAGCAGCUCCUCCCUGCUCAACAUGCCGUCACCUGGGUGGGUGGAACAACACAAGACGACACGACACGACACAACGCAAUGAGCACCGAUCCGAUCCACCCAGCCCGCCCGCCCGCCAGCCCACACGCACCGUUAGCGUCGAGCAGUUUGAAUGUCUUUGUCAACUCGUCCUUCUCGUCCUUGGUCACCAACUGCAGAGACACGCACACUCCUCGAUCAAUCAAUCAUGCAGCCUGUCUGUCUGUCUGCCUGUGGCUUGCAAGGUAGGUCGACUGAACUGACUGACCUGGGAGGCGAUGAAUGUCAGCGCCGCCUGCUGCAACCGCUGAUUGGAUCUGACGGAGCCAAGAGCCAACCAACAAGACAAGAGGCGUGCGUGUGUGUGCGUGGGGUGGUGACUCAGAAACGAACACACGUGUGUGCACAUCACACGCACGUGAACUUCUUGAGGUUGUUGAGUGACGUCUUGAGCACCGAUCCCUCCACCUUCGGCCCCUUCCUCUGCGACUUCUUGACAAUCCACUCGUCCUGCAACGCCUGCAACCUCGUAUACAGACAGACAGACAGACAGACACACACACGUACCGAUCCGAUGGAUGUACUUACUGCCAUCUUGUGCAUGCAUGUGUUGGGCCCUUCAUCAUUGCUUACGUGUUCUGCUGGUAUUCUCUUUUGUGGGUCGUAUGUGAGCAGUUUCUUGAUGAGCUCCUUGGCCUCCUUGCUGAUCGCACGCCACUCGGGAGCUGACAUCGACACCUACACACGCACAUGCACAGGUACGCCAUCGUCUGUCUGGCCGCUGUGCUGGUUGGGUGUCUGCAUACCUGUCCCUUUGCGACUUUGCUGAGGAUCUCAUCGUCACUGUGACCGCCAAACGGGGGGUAGCCUACAGUGCACAUCACACACACACACACACACACACACAGAGGCCAAUCAUCGACCCGCCGUAUGUGUGUGUAGGUGGCUGACAGACAGACAGCCAGACAGACAGACCGGCAGGCAGGCAGGCAGGCAGGCAGGCAGGUUCACUCACUCACUGACCGACAAGCAAGAUGUAUAGGAUGACGCCGCAGGACCAGACGUCGCAUUUCUCGUCGUACUUCUUCUUGAGCACCUCUGGAGCCUGCCGAGGCACACACGCACACACAGAGAGAGAGAAAGAGAGAGAUGCAGACACACUGAUGGCUCUGCCUUGUGUGACGAACUGACUGACCACGUAGUAGGGCGUGCCGAGCUUCUGGUGCAUCUUCUUGCCCAUCUGGCUGUCGAACAUGCGCGACGUGCCGAAGUCGAUGAUCUUGAUCGGCGCCUCGGGGUCCUUCGACUCCAGCAACAGAUUCUCGGGCUUCAGAUCUCUGGAUGGAUGGUGGACAACACCAUCCCCAACACACACACAUACAGACACAUACACAUACACACACAUCGAUGCUGCUGGUGCCCGUCCGUCUGUGUGUGUGUGCGUGCGUGAGUGUACCUGUGGACAAUGUUUCGUUUGUGGCAGUAUGUGAUACCGGAGAGGACCUGCUUCAUGAUGACGGCCGCGUCCUCCUCGCUGAAGUGGGACUGCGCGACGAUCUUGUCGAAGAGCUCCCCGCCCGUGUAGAGCUCGGUGACCAGGUGGUAGGACCGCUGGUCCUCGUAGAACUCGUACAGCUUCAUGAUGUUGGGGUGGUCCAGCUGCUUCAGCACCGACACCUCGGCAAACAGCUUGUCGCGCUCCUCGGCCUUCUCGACGCUGCUCUUGGCGAUCGUCUUGAUGGCCCGCACCUGACCGGUGUCGCGGUGGAUGGCCCUCCUCACGCACCCGAACGCCCCGUCGCCCAGCUUGGCCCCCAUCUUGUACUUGUCGGUGAUCUUGCCCGCCUGCUGACCGAUGAACAUGCCGGGAGUGGCCUUGAGAGUCGCCAUGGCGGGCUCAUUGUGCUGUGCCACAGCGGCGGAGGGCGCUCCGUUGCUGGUGGUUGCCGCGCCCGACUUGGCAGCAGCUGGUGGCGGGGCUCCCGUGGCGCCCUCUUCCUUCUUCUUGGCCUUGUCAUCGACGCUGCUCUGCGUGCAGCCCAUGUUGCUGACUGACGAACAAUCAGCCGAGGGGUGACGGGGCGAGGGGGAGAGAAGGGGUCACAGGGGCAAUGCAGAAGACCGCAGAAGGGACAGGGGCAGCACCACCAACCAACACCAAACACGCGGACGAGGCAGCAAAACUGACAGCGAAGCGGUGAAAUAUGCUCCUGAUUGCUUCAGUCUGACAGACCACGGAACCACUGUGAGUCACUUGAGCGUGAGAAAUGCCUCAACACUCAUCGCCCCAGCG